AUGGUCCAGGUCGCCCAUUGCUCCUCGGUAGACCGAUCCGAAUCCGUCUCGCCAUUCUGGAGAGCGCCCGCACGAGAUAAUGCUUCCAAGAGAAGCGCCACCACCCCCUUGGGGCGUGAUGGGAACAUGGUCGUCGGUGCGGCCUACUCGCACGCAGACAUGCUCAAGUUUGACUCCCUAAACGUCACCGCCAGCUCCUCGCGGCCCAAGACUCCCACAUCCUCAUCCUCGACCAAAGGCCGCGUUCAUGAAGCCUCCCCUCCAUCACGCGGUGGAGGAUCUAGCACCCCGCCGUUCAAGAACUACAUCAACUUUCUCUCCAACACCAAUGACGAUUGGAAAGCCGACGAAGAUGAGAUGCUCGGAUACGAAGACGAUGACGGUGAUGACUUUGGGCUCCCUAGUCUUUCCAACAUGCGGCGGAGGUCGAGGCGGAUGGCGAGUCAGAACAACUUCGAGGCCGGCGUGCUGCCAUCGUCUGGCGGGGAUGGCUCUCGCGGAGCUCGACGUCAAUCGAACAGUGCCGAUAUCGCCAUCGAACGGCCUGCCCCAUCAUACCCGAUGCCGAAGAAGAGCGAGGGCAAGAUACUGCGGCCUCAGUACAAGGAGAUAUUGAGAGAUCCCGCGAAUGCUUUGCACCUCAUCAACUACCCUUCCAUCCCGAGCAACGCGACGCCGAAGGAGUCGGACGCCAUCAACUCUCGACUCUCGCGCAUCAAUCGGUUCAAGAAGCUCCUGCAAGCCUCCACCAUCUCUCUCCCUGACCUGCGGGCCUUGGCGUGGUCGGGUGUGCCGGAGGAGGUUCGCGCCAUGACGUGGCAGCUGCUGCUGAGCUACCUCCCCACCAACAGCGAGCGGAGAGUUGCCACGUUGGAGAGGAAACGAAAGGAGUAUGUCGACGGCGUGCGCCAAGCCUUUGAGAGGACGGGGACCGGUUCCGCCUCGGGCGGGCGAGCCAGGGGUCUGGACGAGGCCGUCUGGCACCAAAUAAGCAUCGACAUCCCCAGGACCAACCCCCACAUCGAGCUGUACAGUUACGAGGCGACGCAAAGGUCGUUGGAGCGCAUCCUGUACGUCUGGGCCGUCCGCCAUCCCGCCAGCGGAUACGUCCAGGGCAUCAACGAUCUUGUGACCCCCUUCUGGCAGGUUUUCCUCGGGCUCUACAUUGCCGACAGCAACAUCGAAUCCGGCAUGGACCCGGGACAGCUGCCCAAGUCGGUGCUGGAUGCCGUCGAGGCCGACUCGUUUUGGUGUCUGACAAAGCUUCUCGACGGCAUCCAGGAUCAUUACAUUGUCGCCCAGCCGGGCAUCCAACGGCAAGUGGGGGCGUUGCGCGACCUCACCGCUCGGAUCGACACCACCUUGUCAAAGCACCUCGAAACGGAGGGUGUCGAGUUCAUCCAGUUUAGUUUUCGAUGGAUGAACUGUCUUCUGAUGCGUGAAAUCAGCGUCAAGAAUACCAUUCGCAUGUGGGAUACGUACCUUGCCGAAGAGCAGGGCUUCUCCGAGUUCCACCUUUACGUCUGUGCCGCACUGCUCGUGAAGUGGUCCGAAAAGCUAGUCAAGUUGGACUUUCAGGAGAUUAUGAUGUUUCUCCAGAGCCUCCCCACGAAGAGCUGGACCGAAAAGGACAUUGAGCUGCUGCUUAGCGAGGCCUUUAUCUGGCAGAGCCUGUUCAAGGGUUCCGCAGCCCAUCUCAAGGGCCAGCCGAGUCGACCUCCGUUGACGAACCUGCAGUUGUAA